UACUGGACUUGUCAGUGCCAGGCUUUCUUUCCGGUUUCGUACUCCCGGGGUACUAUACUGGACUCAAAAAGUCAUAACGACAGCGAAUUCCCCGGUAGAAACGUCGAAAUAAGAUUGAACUAGUAUAGUUUAUCGCAGUAUUUCUCGCCCUUAACUAUUCAAAGUUGAGGUUAAAGGGCAACCUGUAUUUAGUGAUGUAUUAAAAUUUGUAGGCUACUGCGGCGCAGCCCCCAAGAAGAAUUGCCUUGUUUUCGCCUAGUUGAGCAGCGGGGAAAUGUCAAGCUGAGGAUUUGAAAACCCUGAACCCUCUGGGCCGUUUUGUAAUGUUUGGUAAAGGCUACCAUAAUGGCAAACAAGGCGCAGGUUCUGUAUGACUUCACGGCUGAGGCCGGGAACAAUGAGCUCACGGUGAGAGAAGGAGAGACUGUCACCAUCACCAACCAGAGUAUCGGAGGAGGCUGGAUCGAAGCUCAGAACUCCAGAGGAGAGGUGGGACUGGUGCCAGAAGACUAUAUCGAGCUUGGUAAGCUUUCUUCAGGAGGAGGAAACGUAGGAAACGUAGGAAACGUAGCCGCUGCUGACUUGUCCUUCUUUGAUGCCUUUGCCCCUGCAGCAGCCAACCCCACACCACAGGCCAGCAAUGGGAAUGACCCCUGGUCCGUGUGGAACUCAGACGCUACUGGGGGCUCCUCCAACAACUGGGCGGCCAAGCCCGAGGGCACAGAGACGGGCAAGAAUGUUGCAGCGAAUCCCUGGAGCUCCGCUGCACAGGGCCACCCCCAGGCCUACCAAGGCCCAGGCGCUGAUGACGACGAGUGGGACGACGAGUGGGAUGAUGUCAAGUCGUCGGGAGGCUAUGCCGAGUCCGAGGGGGGGGAGGGCGGGGCCCUUCAGAGAGGCGGGGCCGGAGGCUCCUCCAUGAAAAUCUCCCUCAACAACAGGUUCCCCGGUUUCUCCAAGUCCGGCCCGGAGCUGUUCCUCCUCUGCAAGCAGCUGGCCAAGGGCAAAGACAAGCUUCUCAUCUAUAUGGGCGAGGUGGGUCCAGUGUGGGCGUACCCUGAGUCUCAGCUGGACUGCGUGGUGGCCGACCCCAAGAAGGGAACCAAGCUGUACGGGCUGAAGAGCUACAUCGAGUACCAGGUCACACCCAAUACCACAAACAGACCCGUCAAUCAUAGAUACAAGCACUUUGAUUGGCUGUACGAGAGGCUCCUGGACAAGUUUGGUUCGGCGAUCCCCAUUCCCUCACUACCGGACAAGCAGGUGACAGGUCGCUUUGAUGAGGAGUUCAUUAAGAUGCGCAUGGAGAGGUUGCAGGGUUGGAUGAUCAGGAUGUGUCGACACCCCGUGGUCUCCAACAGCGACGUCUUCCAGCUCUUCCUCAACUACAAGGACGAGAAGGACUGGAAAACGGGCAAGAGAAAAGCAGAGAAGGACGAGGUGGUGGGAGUGAUGAUCUUCUCCACGAUAGAACCCGAAGCACCCGACCUGGAACCCCCCGACGUGGAGCAGAAGUGCGAACAGUUCAGCAGGUUCACCAGAGCCAUGGAUGAUGGCGUGAAGGAGAUCCUCACCGUGGGCCAGGAGCAUUGGAAGAGAUGCACAGGACCUUUGCCAAAGGAGUACCAGCGCAUUGGCAAGGCCUUCCAAAAUCUCUCCUCGGUCUUUACGAGCAGUGGAUACCAAGGAGAGGCUACCCUUACCGACGCCAUGACGGCAGCAGGAAAGACCUACGAGGAGAUCGCUCAGAUGGUGGCAGAGCAGCCCAGGAAAGACCUACACUUCCUCAUGGAGACAAACAACGAGUACAAGGGCCUCCUGGGAUGUUUCCCCGACACCAUAGGAGUACACAAGGCUGCCAUAGAGAAGGUGAAGGAGGGAGACAGGCUGGUGGCCACAAGCAAAAUCACCCCUCAGGAGAAAGUCACCAUGUCUAAACGUGUCAGCACCAUGUCUUAUGCACUACAAGCCGAGAUGAACCACUUCCAUAGCAACCGUAUCUACGACUACAACAGGGUGAUGCAGCAGUACUUGGAGGAGCAAGUAAAGUUCUACGAGACUAUUGCCGAGAAACUGAGGCAAGCUCACAGUCAGUUUACCACCAUGUAGGCCUCCCCUGGGACCCCCAUGCUGCCCCUCCCGGCUCCAGCCAUCCAACACUUCUCUCUAUCUCUCCCUAGCCCCACACCCCACCCCCUUCGCUUUCUCCUGUACAUGUACCAUGUCUCCCAUUCAUGAACUGCCAUCGCAAGCUCUUAGAAACAGCGUGUAACUGUUUAUCUCCAACAGUCGCCGAAAGUAAACCGUGUCCAAACAGUUGACUAGUGUUAGUCAGCAGGGUCUGGGACUCUGACAUGGUUCCACUCUUCCCCGCGCAGGCCUCGUUCUGGAGCGCCAGCUUGGUCCCGUGUGAGUCAGUGAGCCCAAAGCUCAAGCAGAACGUCCGCCUGGGUGCCGCCUGUCGUACUGCCCUCAGCCUGCUCCAUGGCAUGGACCUCAUGCUCGCGUCUCCACAGGAAAUGAGUCGGUUCAAAGAAUGGAAACGAAGAGCAUUCGGUCGUUUACAAUGCAGCAUGUGCCAGGGUGCUCUCAUCAAUGAAGCCUUAAGAGAGAGAGGCUGUGUGUGUUCGAGCCCCUUGACUGUUAGUGUGUCUGAGCACUGCUGGCAGUGAGCUCCCUCCGUUUCCUCUUUACUUCCUGAAUCGCUUACAGGAAGCUCCACCCACUUCCUGUCAAUGUGCCUUGUCCGUUUUCUGAGCAAAAUAGAACUGCAUGCUUUGCUCGUUUCCCCCCAUCCUGUACUCGAUGACGCAUCACUUUGCUGUUGAAGACAGGAAAUCCAAAGGCAGACUUCUGCUUGUGACUAGCAGGAAACGAUGAGGUAUUUGAGCUAGCAUGCUUUCUAUAUUGAAGCCAAAACAUCAGCGAAACCAACGCCUUCCACACAACCAGUGCCAAACACAAUGGCUCCAUCCCAAUACUUGUACGCAACCCUGUGCUCUCCUUUCCUUCCACGCCACACAGAGAGCACUGGUACUUUCAGCUGCGUUUUACAUGUCAGCACUUAGGAAGGAAAGGAAGACAGGAAGAGAGCGCCGUUCAGAUGGCUGGGUUUGGGUCCAUGUUUUCAACCAGGUUUCUCUGUCACCUUUGCUUUGCUUCCUCCUGUCCUAUCACAGUGCAAUCUUCAAUCAUUCUCUAAUCUCACCCUUUUUAUGUCACAUUGUAAACACAAAAUAUACAUUAUAUAUAUAUAUAUUCUUUUGGAUGCAUGUGCUUUGGGUUGUUGAGAUACUAUUUUAUGUAUAGAAAAAUUUGCAAUAUAUUUGUCACCCUGAAAAAGGAAAGAAAUUCUUUUUGAUUUAAUAAACUCUGAUUUAUACUCUA